AUGGCCGAAAUCAAUUUUAUUGCUCAACCUGAUCUUAUACAACUGGAAGACACAAUCACGCUCUUCGUGCAACAAAAGGCUGUUCUUGACUCACUCUUUGCUGCCCUUGAACUUCUUUCGAAGGGUCCAGAUCGCCACAAAAAAUGCCGUCGCAUCAGACCCAUGGUCAAGUUUGUUUACGAGGAAAAGCAUGAUAAUGAUGAGAGUAAGCGCCGGCAAAGAGUACUCACAACAUUGGAUCACUCUUCGAAAUCUCUCUGUUUCUUUUCCCUUAAGCCCAGUCAAAUCCUCGAGCUAAAGAAUAAAGCCUUUGAUGCUAUGAUAGACGGAUUACCCAAAUUCAUUGCGGCCGAAUCUCAGCGCCAGAACCUCAUCGAAGAACGGAUUGGAGAUUAUGUACAGAAUAUCGUGGUCGAGUUCGCCAAGAAAACAGUCUUGGUUAUAGAUCAAACAUCUUCAUUCAGCAAUAUAGCAAGAAAGGAGGAGCAGCCAAGGAAGCGUCAGAAAAUAUCCCUGGAACGUCGUCGCAACACUGGGAAGCCUGAGCUACCGAAAGUUUCGAGCCUUGUGCCAGUACUUUCAACUACAGCUUCCGUAGCAGUAGAGGCUCUUCCGGCCCAACAAGACCAAGAACAUGCCGAACGAGCCAACUGUACUGAAUCCAAUUCCCAGCUCAGGAACUUGUCUUCAAGUCCUUGGCAAGGUGCCAACAUGGGCUACUACUACGAGGACGAUUGGCUAAACGACGAUGGCAACUACCAACCAGAUUGGUUGACGCGAGGAUUGUCAUUGGACAUCUCGAUGAUGGAUAUGGGAAACACCUUCCCCCCGCCCCUUGAACUCCUGCCACUCUCGGAAACCUCGUGGCUAGCCGAGAGUCAUGUCUCUGAGUCGAAUGCACGCCAAGAACUCAACACCAAAUGUGCCCAGUCAUGA